UUUGCCCUUGCGACUUGCGCCACUGGAAUUUCACGUUAGCGAAGAAAAGGAGUGUGCGAUUAUCUCGUUAGCUGGAAAGUAAAACAUGGAAAUGGUCAAAUCACCUAGAUGACAUUUUUAUAAAGUUGAAUUUAUCUGUACCACUUUUCAAAAGUUAGCUCUAGCUAGUCUAGUAGCUAGAUAGAUGGCAAGUGUUAAGAAGAAACUUUGGGAAAACAACGGUAACGUUACAUUAUCAUCAAAUGACGGGAUCUGUGCCAGUUCUUUGAAUUUUGAAAAGGGUCAACGUACAAUACAUCUACGGAAGGGCAAUGGAUUCAAAGGGAAGGCCCAGACCCAUCACCAGUCCCUCAAUGACUCACUUGACGGAGAACUGCGAGCCUUCCUGAUUGACGAAGACGCACUCCACACCUACGAUGACCUAACCAAAGUCAAUCCCGUGACCCCCACUACAGUCCUGAGGUGCCUGCAGGCAAGAUACCGAGCAAAGGUGUUUUACACACAGGCUGGCUGCACCCUGGUGGCUCUCAACCCUUUCCAGCCCAUUCCACACCUGUACACUCUGGAUGUAAUGCGAGAGUACCACUGCGCUCCACAACCACAGGAAUUCAAACCACACAUAUUCAUAGCAGCUGAGGAAGCUUACCGGAACGUACAGGGUCAAGUGGAACCGAACGACCAGUCGCUGGUUGUCAGUGGGGAAAGUGGAGCAGGAAAGACAUGGACGUCUCGCUGCCUCAUGAAGUACUACGCCACGGUCGCUGCCUCGUCGUCUUCCCCAAAAUGUCAAGAUACCGUGGAGAGGAUAGAGAAGCGAGUUCUUGACUCGAACCCGUUAAUGGAGGCCUUUGGAAACGCCUGCACUUUAAGGAACAACAACAGCAGCCGGUUUGGGAAAUACAUUCAGCUUCAGCUGAACAGAUCGCAGAUAUUAGUGGGGGCUUCUAUUCAAACAUACCUAUUGGAGAAGACCAGAGUUGCUUUCCAAGCUGCUAAUGAGAGAAAUUUUCACAUAUUUUACCAGAUGAUGAAGGGUGCUACAGAGGAGCAGAGGCAUAAGUGGAGGAUGUCACGUGACCAAGGGUUCACCUGGUUGCCGAAUGCCGACAAAACACUAGAGGAAGACUGCUUUCAGGAAACCACAGAUGCAAUGACACACAUGGGCAUUACUAAGGCGAAGCAGGGACAGAUAUUCCAAAUAUUAGCAGGCCUCCUUCACCUCGGAAACGUGAGUUUCUCCCCCCCGAUGGAUGAAUCACAACCUUGUGACCUCCAGGAGCAAUCCAAAGACUUCCUGCAGAACACGGCUGAGCUGCUGCAGAUUCCACAGGAGCAGCUGCUAGCCUGUCUUAGAUUAAGGGCUCUGACGGCAGGAAAGCAGAGUGUCGUUUUCAAGCCUUGCUCUCUAGCCGAGUGCACUGUGAGGAGGGACUGCCUGGCCAAAGUCAUCUAUGCCCAUGUGUUUGACUCGCUGGUAGCAUUUAUCAACGGCAGCGUCUGUGCAGACCCAUCCAGUUGGUGCAAUUUUAUAGGUGUCCUGGAUGUCUAUGGAUUUGAGUGCUUUGCCUUGAACAACCUGGAGCAACUGUGUAUCAACUAUGCCAAUGAGAAGCUACAGCAGCACUUUGUUGCCCAUUAUCUGAAAGCACAGCAGGAGGAGUAUGUCUCUGAGGGACUUGAGUGGUCCUUCAUCAAAUACCAAGACAAUCAGGGCUGCUUAGAUUUGAUAGAGGGAAGUCCUACUUGUAUCUUUUCUCUGCUGAAUGAGGAGUGCCGCCUCAAGCGCGCCUCAGAUGCCAAGCAGUUCAAAGCUCGGCUGGAGAAAGAGCUGUCCAACAACGCCUGCAUCAGCUGGGACCGGUUCAGCAAGCGUCCUCACUUCACGGUGUCUCACUACGCGGGAAAGGUUUGCUACCAGAUCACGGGCAUGAUGGAAAAGAACAAGGACCCUGUGCCUCUAGAGCUCAUUCACAUGCUCCAGAAAUCCCAAGAUCCUCUGCUUCAGAGUCUCUUUGUUGACCACGACAUCGAAGUGAAUAACAGUCGAGGACACGUGGUCUCCAAAUUCAAGAAUUCUCUAGAGAGUUUAAUGAAGAUCUUGCACAGCACGACUCCACACUACACCAGAUGCAUCAAACCCAACCCAGAGUGCCAACCGUUGACCUUUAAAAAAGAGGAGGUUAUUGUGCAGCUACAGGCUUGUGGCAUCGUGGAGACGAUCAACAUAAGUGCAGCUGGUUUCCCCAUCAGAAUUCCUUAUCCAAGCUUUUUGCAACGUUAUGGACUGAUUGUGAACUCCAGAAUGUGGAGGCCGUCAAUAAAUGGAAAUGGACCAGAGAUGGAUGAAAGUAUCUUGAGCCCCAUGGUUGCCGAUGUUCUCAAUGUGGUCCUGCAAAGUCGUUCCCCGGAUCCCCCCAAAGUUUCUGAGACUGAGAGCUGCAGCUCUUUGGUGCACUGCGGGAAAACCAAAGUGUUCCUAACGCAUCACAUGCUGGAGCUCCUGGAGAGCCAGAGGCACAGGAUGCGCUCACGGAGAGCCUUCUUCAUCCAGCACAGCUGGCGGACGCACCGGCGCAGGAAACAGGAGGCUCAGAGUCGGGCCGCAAUCCGGAUCCAAGCGGCUGUCAGAGCUUGGUUGAUCAGAAGAGUGGUCUUGCAAUGGCAUAAGGCUGCCACCCUCAUCCAGAAGACUUGGAGACAGUGGAGAGCCGCCAUGGAGGUGUUGGCCGAAACGGAGCUGGAUGAUGUUGUGGACGUGACCCAGGCACCCGUCUACGACCCCACAGUUUGGGAAAGCGGGGCAGUGCAGCUCUCCACAGGCCAGGACCCUGUGACGGUAUGGGCGUGGCCCCUCGGCCUGGCACUGGCGUCCGCUCCCAGUAUCACCGUCGCCAUGACCGCAAGCAGCUUCCAAAAGGUGGUGUCCCUCAUGGCCUGCCUAAAGCUGUCCUUCAGGAGCGGGGACUACAAGGUGGAGACCAACCAGUUUGAGCAGGGUGUGGCCUCCAUUCGUGCUCAACCCCAGGUAUUCAGACUCUUUGCUGUGCCACUCCAAACUUUGGUCAGGAGUCCAUUAAACUGCACCUCCAGAGAUCUCCACUCCUCUAUGCUGACAUUUGUCCAGGAAGGAAAGGAGAUGGAGUUACUGGCUUCAACCAGAUUCUGCUGGAGGACGUCAUCUGAUGUUCAUUUUCAACACUAGAAGUGACUGUAAAGGGGCUGGAAAUAGUUGAAAUAACCAUACAUUAUCACAUAGUGAGGUAUCCACUACACAUUCACCAAAUAUCUAUUCAAAGUAAUGUAAAUAACUAAGCACACAUUUCAAUUCUGUAUUGAGAACAAUGUUAGGAUUGUGUGGGUGUGGUCUGGACUGCCCCACCUCCCUCCUCAACUCCUCCCAAAAUGUACUACCCACAAGUAAAUUAUAUUAGAGAAGGAGGGAGACUGGGAGCGGGAUAAGGUUGGUAGAGGGAGGGAAGAGCUGAAAAAUAACAAAAUACUGACUCCACACUGAAAGGUCCUGAUAAGUUUUCAAACCCAGGACGUUUUUGUGAGGCAACGGUGUUAUCCACUGUACUACUCCGUUGCCACAUGGCUCACACUACAGAUCUCUUGACAAAUGUCCAUUGACUGAUAUAAAUAUUUCAUUGCAUUUCUCUAUUUUUCAUGAUGGUUGAUAUUACCUUGAUUUACCUCUACAGUCACUUUAAAUCACAGUACAUUUUAUCCAUAACCAACCAUGGGAAAGUUUUAAGCUGCUUUUUGGUUUUGAUUUUAUAUAAAUCUGUAUAUACUUCUGGUCUUGGGCUGAUUUCACUCAGAAACACUUAGUGCCUUCACCAAUCAGGUCUUAACUGGAGAAUGUAUGAUCCAUCUUAUUUAUGUAUGUAAAUGUUGUUUUUGUUUUUAAAUUGUACCCAGUACAUGUUUAAUUCUAUAGCUUUGUUGUAUGUUCCUAAAUGAUGAGGAUGUGAUUAUUUUAGUAGAGAUAUGAAAACCAAAUAGUGUACAAGUAUUACACUACAUCAGUAUGUUUAAAUGUAAUUAUGUUUAUUUAUGCACAAACAUUAUCUGUAAACCAGAUGCAGGGAAUAACAGGCUCUGGUAAAUUAAUGCUGAGUGUUCUGUGGUCCAGCUAUACUUUUGAAGUGGCCCAUGUACUAUAACAUUUGAUCUAUGGAGAAAUCAAAAUAUUUGAUUCUUCUGAUGUCUGAACACUAUUGCCAAAUUGAAUGUGGCAUAUAUUGCAUGUGGGGCCAUGUUACAAGAUGCCAACUGCCUUGAGAAUUGCAUGAAUAUGUACUACAUCACUGUAUGAACUCACUAAACAGGGUACAAAGCAGGGAUUUAUGAUUUAUAUGAUUCUAGAUCUGAUUAAUUCCAGUACCUCAUACAGGUAAGCACCAUUAUCUGCUUUUUCCUUGACCGUUGUAUGCAUAAAUGUACAAACUAAAAAUGCAGCUCAGUAUUGGUCAAAGGGAUUCUAUAGCCUGCAAUAAAUAUAUUUUUUACUGUC